AUGGCUGGUGAUGAAACCCCAAAGGACCAAAAUUCAAUGUUCGACACAAGCAACAGCAUAAAUCACCUGACCGGAAAUGAAUUCUAUUUCUACUCUAACGACGAUGCGGGGGUCUAUAGGAAAAAGAUGUCCAGUGAAUUCCAAAUUGAGGAAGCGAACACCAGUGAGCGUUGCGAGUUGCCCCCCGUAACCACGAAUGAUAGAAACGUCAGGGGGGACAAAGUGAAAAACCUAAAGAAAAACGAGAAAGAAGCAGAAAGAAACAAAACACACAGAGAGAUCAAAAAAAAACAGGGGGACACAAAAGACUACUUCUACACUGACAAGAUAAACAUGCAACACACGUAUGAGGAAAGAGAAAAAUUUGUCUUUGAAAAGGAAAUUGACAAAGUACAUGAUGUAUACAAUGGGGAAGAAAUAAUGAAAAUUAUAAACAAAUUAAAUUCUAUAAGGAAAGAAAUUGAAACGGUCAUAUACAAAAAGUUAGAAACAAAAUACAUAGAGUUCCUCACCAUGUCCAACAAGAUUAAAGACAUUGAAGUCUUCAUAGCAAAUAUUAAAAAUUUAGUGUCAGAAAAUACGAACGAGUUGAAAUUUCUGCAGGAAAAGAAAUAUAAGGAAAGUCUAAACAUAGUUAAUCUUGUGACGAGAAAGAAAAAAUUUCAGAAAAUAAACUUAACAAUUUUAACCAUAUAUAUUAUCCACAUAUAUGAUAAAUUAAUUUUUAAAAAUAUUUUAAGAAAAGAUUAUGAGUAUGCAUCCCUAACUUACUUCGAGCUAGCCAAAUUUUUGAACACACAUGGAAAACUUCUCCACCACCUUAACUGUAUACACCAUUUGAAGGAAAAGAAUUUGGUAGAUUAUUUCAACAGAUUGAAGCAAAAAAAUCAGACAAAUUUUGUCGAAUUUUUAUUUGCAAAUAAUGGGAAUAAAAAUUUACAAGCACAGUUAGAAAAGGCCUUCAAAAUUUAUUUCUUCCUUUUUAAAAAAAAAAACUCCAAUUUUAUCGAAAAUUUGCUAGCCCAUGUCUAUCAAUGCUUUCGCAAAAUUUCAAAGCAGGUUAUUUUUUCCUUCGUAAUUGUAAGCAAAAAGGGCGACGGAAGCAGUGCUAACCAAAGGGAAAGCAAACAAAAAGGAAAUCACCGAGAUGCUUCCAAAAAAGAAGCACAAAAUAGUAAGCACCUCAAAAGGGAGGAAAUGGAUAACUCCACUUCAAAACACCUUGAUGAAGAAAAAAUAUUAUUUUGCUCAGAAGACAAACAAAAAAAAGCCCAACAUUGUGAAUUAAAAACGAGUGAUUCGCACGAACAGGGGAUUAAUAAUACUCCUCCAUUCUAUCACACAAGUGUGCAUCAAAUUUUGAAUGAGAAAAUCCCCAACCACGGGAAAAACUUCGCACAGAGUAGACACCCUAACCAAAAUGAAGGAACAUCCCAGGGUUUCCCACAUAAUGCGGAUAAUAUAAACGAUGUAAUUAGCUGCACAUACGAAAAUGCAGAGGAAUUAAAAACGGGAAGUAAUAAAAACAUACACAAUAACUCCCAUUCAAAUGAGAAUAACCCAAAGGACAAACUCCAAAUUGACAUAAACCAGCUUCAAGAAGAAGACAAUUUUUUGUUUAUUCCGCUAAACGAGUUGGUACAAAAAUUAAACGAAAAGGGCUGCUUCCUUUCGCUUGUUAAAAUAUACGAAAUUGUCUUUGAUGUCCUGAACAAGUAUGACUCCAUCAUCAUUUAUUUAUUAAAUUAUACAAAAAAUGAAGCAUCUAGCGGCGGUGCGAAAGGGACAAAGAUGGAUACCAUCUCACUUAAUGCUAACAAUAAAAAACACACAGUAUGUGCCGCGAGCGAUUUUUCGAAGCACCACACCGAUGGGGGAAGUGACACCCCUGGAAGAGAUUCCCCUGAUCGAACUGGCAAGUCACAGAGCGACCAUUCUGAGGAUAACGAAUUAGAGAAGGACGACUCCGCGAUAGAGAAGGACAACUCCGCGUUAGAGAAGGACGACUCCGCGUUAGAGAAAGGACACAUCUUGGACGAUGCCACCUGGGAAGGAAAUUCCCCCCAAGGAGGAGACCACCCUGAUAACUUCAGCUUCUACGACCUAUUCAACGAAUAUAGAAGCGAGAAACGUUUUUCCACUUUCUCAAAAUUUUAUCAAAUGAGCGACGGUAGUACGUGUUCCCCCCAAAUAACUGAUUUUGUAAAAAACAUCGACAUUGAAAAUUCCCCCUUUGCAGAAUAUUCCCAAAAAAUUAAAGAAAAAAUUGAAUCAUAUUUAAAAGGUAGGAACAUCCAUUAUGACCAUUCCGAGGCAUUCCUGUAUUUCGCACUAGACAAUGCGAAUAAACUGAUAAGUGCCAAAAAUAAGUUCCUAAAAAAUAUAGAGAAAGCGCUCAAAACGAUUAUCGAACAUAUGAAAUUUGAGAACUUCGGUUUUCAUUACAUAUUCCGGUUUGCAGUGGUCACCAUUAUGUUUUGCCUGAAUUCGUUUCUCUUCGAGAGGAACUCAUCAAACGGUCGCAUCUACCAUUUGGUGGUGGACAACCCACGUGGAAUUCUCCCAAAGGAAGUGUACCACGAAAAGGAGGUUAAAAAUGAGGACGUAACGGAGAGCCAACGGGAGGGACAACAAAAUGGCAAUCCCCCAAUUCUGCGCAACGAAAAGCAAAGCCACGAUCAUCUUCGGGAACACCACCAGACACACAUCGAAACAGAAGCGCGAAAAGUUAUUAACAAAACCGAAGGGGAAUUACCAACCUACCCAGAUGCUCACGAACUGGGAAGUAAAAUGAAAUGCACAGAAUUUGCCAAAAUUGGGAAGGCACAAAAUGGACAAAGUAGCACAGAAGAAGCACACCCACGUGCAGCUCAUAUUGUAGAUAACAAAUCGAGUGAGAAGAGUCAACCGGAAAGGCAGAAUUACCAACCAGAUGUGGAACAAAUAUGCAGAGAAUAUUUUCUAAAUGAAAGUGCACCUUUCCGCUUUGCAGAAAAGGAUAAACGAACCCAAUUCUUCUACGAUCUGCUUAAAAGUAGUCUCAUUUUUGAAGAAAUGGAAAAAAAAAUUAAAAAUAAUUUACCCCAUUUGUUUUACUUCAAUGGGAAAAAAUUAAAUGAUGCCAUUAAUAAAGACAAUUGGGUUCGCAUACCUGCAAAGAUAAAUCAAUGCAUCUUUAAAAAGAAAUUCCAUUUUUUUCACGUUAUAUCGCUAUAUAAGAAAACGUUUUACGUUUUUUUGAAUGUUCCCUUUUCGGAAAAUCCCCUAAUCAGUUUUAACUUCAAGAGGCUAGAAGAAAAGUUGUGUUCCGAGACGGACCUACCCCCCGAGCUUACGAACGCGCAGGGACAUGAAAAUUGGCUCUCAUCUAAAUUGAGUAAUCAUGCGAGGAAUGACACCAGUUGGAACGAAACGAGCGAAGAGGCCUACCUGAACAAGACAAACAAAAUGGUGAAUAAGAAGGAAAAUUUCCACAUUAUUAACUUUGACAUCGUUUUAUCAAACAGUAGCAGCAUGCUCAUCUGUGUGCUACAGAAUUAUUUAAUGCUGGAAGAGCUGCUGCCCAAUUUGAAGGACGAAAUAAAACAGUACAUGUUAAAAGUAAUCGAUUUUUACAUGUACAUAUUAUGCUGCUAUUUUAUGAAAAGGGAAACCUUGGAAGAACUCCUCAUUGACUUAAAAAAAUACAACGACAGGUUAGGCAUAAACAAUUUAUUUUUUAUUAUAAAGAAACAAGAAAAGUACAAACAUUUGUACAACUUUUUAAUUUUUUACACUGAAGAAAUUCGAAAUAAUUCGGAUAAUUAUCGCUUUCUUGAUGCCCAUAAUAAUUCCCAUCAUCCUUUCCAAAAUAAAUACAACGUAACAAAUUGUAGUAGUGUGACGGAUGGUUUCUGUCCACCUCUCAGCUUAAAUAACUUUUGCAAAAUUUACAGCUCCACGUGUCACUACGCCAUUUCGGAAAAGAUAAUUUCCAUCGAGUCGUUGUACUGCUUGGUUAGCAAAUUGAAAGAAGAAAUAAUGCCAUCGGGGGGGGUCCCAACGGAAGAAAAAAUAGGCGAAGUGGGAACGUUCAUCGGGUCCAGUCAUCUGCCUAAUGGGGAACCCAACCAGAAGAAGAAUACCCAAUGCAGCAGUACUAUGAGUAACCACCGUAGUGACGUCGAAUGGGCUUCCCUUCUCCCCUUCUUGGAGCAAAAACUGCACAUCGUGGAUGAACUACGAAUUCUAGUUUAUUGCGAUUCGCUGUAUGAUCUUGUAGACAGCAGUAACUACAUCAGUGAAGUUGUGAAGUUAGUUAAUGACGCGUGUAGUGCGCUCAGAGGGGGGAGGGACGCAACGGACGGUUGCAACAUCGGAACAAAAAAAGAUUUACAGACAAGUUUACGGACAAGCUUACAGACAAAUUUCCAAACGCAUAUGAACCAGUUCAUGAAUUUAUACAUUAACAUACUUAAUGACGCGAAAAGAAAAUUAACGUUCUGCUGCGACGGGGUCGUAUCAGUCGUAGUUCACUACCUACUAUGGAAUUUAAUAAAUUACAUCUUUAACCUAAAUAACAUCGAAAUUGUUCACCAGAUUAGGAGUGAAGUGCUACCAGUAGUAGCCCCCUGUAAUAGGAACAACCCACCAGGAAGUCCAUCUGCCCCCAAAGGUAGCAGCCAAGGAAGGAUAAACCAGCGUGUGCCCAUCCCAGGUGCAGGCCCCAAAGGGAGAGAAGAAUUUAUGGGGAACGAGAAAAAGGAGGCCAAAGUUUUAUCCUCUCGGAAAGAUGCAAAAUUCGCGGGAGCCAACCUCGUCAGUAAUAAUAAAUCGGACAUAAGAGAAGCAAGUACACAAAAGAAAAGUGAUGAUUCUACAAUCAGUAACAACAGUGGCAACUUUCUUGGGGAUGCACCUCAAAACGUAGUAAACACCUUAAAAAAAUUCUUCAGCAAAAUUUCAAAGUCCAUAAUUCAGCAUAUAACCAAUUUGGAAAGAGAAGUAGAGGAGUACUUAUCUCAAAGUGAGAGUGACAAUAACCCCAUCUGUGAUGUGCGCAAUUCUGUGUACAUGAAUCUAUACAGAGAGCUAAAAAAUGUGCACUCGGAAAGGCACAGAUUUUACUACAUUUUUCUCGCAAAUGGGAUAAAUUAUUACGAUCAAUAUGUAGACCUCCAUUUGUGUAACUUGCCUAAGCUCGACCAAUUGGUUAAAUGUGCAAAUGCAGAUUUCUUCCAGUAUAAGCACGUGCAUUCCGUCAUUCUGAAGUACCACCACUCUAAGCUGGUACCUGAGAGCUACGUUACUCAGUACGAAAUGAGCGUCUUGAAAGAAAUACAAAGUAAAAUAAAAUCACGCAUUGUGUGA